UAAACAAAGACAGAGAGUCAAGUACAAGUCGCAACUUGUUCGCUCUGUAAAUAAUAGGAAUAGGAGGACUGUCAUUUUAGUUCGAAGUUCUCUGUUUUCAAUGUCGGUUGUCUCAUCAUUAAUGUGAAUAAUUUAGUGAACGAGCCGUUUUUAUUUUCUUCUCAUAGCAAAUAUUUAUCAUGAAGACUAUUACUUUGUUCAGUGCUGUGAAAAGACAAUGUUUAUCUACGUUUUAGAAAUUGUAUCUUAGUGUUCAAUGUUUAGAGAAAUAUUUAGUUAUAUGCAUUUCAUCUAAAACAUUGUGUUUUUGCUCAAAUUAGUGUGUUUAGCUAUAAAUGUAUCUUGGAGACAGAUGUGGCUCGAUCAGACAGGAACAGGAGUAAAGUGCGGCAAAAUGUUCAGGGUACUGGUUUUGUGUGUGGCGGUGGCGUUGAUUCCGGUGCGCGCUCAGCCAUCAUUUUGCUCAGAAGACCACCAAUGCCCCGAAGGGCAUUAUUGCGAAAGAGAAAACAAAAUAAAUGAAUGUCGAGAAUGCCUGUCCUGUGAGGAUCUCAUGAGGGAGCCCCCGGCCCCGUCAGCAUCUAAACAGUGUAUUAAGUCCGUCGCUGACUGCGGGGACUGCAUCAAUAAUUUGGUGGUGGACCGACGAGCUGAUGUGAAUUCAAAAUGCGUGCCUCCUGAGACAUCAGAAAUGCAAUCUACACCUUCCUAUGUGUGGAUAUUUAUUGGCAUCGGAGUUCUGCUGCUCAUUGCUCUCUUCGUCGGCAUCAUCGCCUACCUUGUAAUCUUCAAGACUCCUGACUAUGACAACCAGUCGAGGACGGUGACGGCGCGGAUCACGGCCACCGCUCCCGAAGCACCGCCGCCCUACAAUCCAUUGCCCCAGUCACUACCAUACCACUCACCAGUUUACUCUGAUAAGGACACUGCUUACAGUGAAGACGAACAAUUCAUCAAGCGCCCGCUACCUCGACCGCAGGACUCGCGAGUGUCAGAUGGGAACCAAGCCGCUAGAGUUUAUGACAAGCCGAUAUAUGAACGAGAUAUCCCACCGCCCAGUCCUGAGACUCCUGUGCCGGAAUAUACGGAGCCAAUGACCCUACCAGAUCCUGAAGAGGAUACGAUGCCCAGCCCGUGGAUGCCUAGCACCACGCCCAGCAACGGAGACGUUCCCUAUGCGGCGCCGGAGACUGGAGGCGGUGACGCGGACGGCAGCUCGUCCAACCUGCCCGCGCUACUGGCCGCCGCCAGAGACACCACGCUCGUCGAACAUCCUGCAGCUAAGAAACGAUGUAUCAGACAGGACUCCUUAAACAACAGAAAUAGGGAUAGCGGUUCAUGUGGGGACAGCAGUCACAACAGUUUCCCGCGCUCGCCGUCGCCGAGCCAAGGACAAGGCGGGCCGCCAUACAGCUUUAUCGCACAGAUAAACGUCGUGCAGAUCAACAACACCAAGUGACGUCACGCCGCCAACGACAAUACUCCGCUACUUAGUCCACAUAUAAGGUGAAAUGACCAUUUUCUCUGUAAAGUUUGAAGUUUUACUCUAACGUCAUUUUAUCUUACAACUUAGUCUUAUUGUUAUUAGAAUAAUUGUGGAUAUUGUAAUUUUUUACUUUUUCUAGUGAAAUUUAAAAAAAAAUGUUACGAAACUCAGAAAAUGCAAAAAAAUGUUGUAGGUAAGCAUCAGUUUUAGAUUGGUGCGUAUAAUGUGCCUUAUGGAGAGGAACUCUUACCCAUUGAACUGUGAUGUAGAUUUAUGUGCGUAUAUACCGGUACAUAUACCAGUCAUGUUCGAGAUCUGUGCGAUCAAUUCAUGAUCUCAGUAACGUAAUGUAAUGUCGUAGAUACGCCUAGUGAAGUCGGUAGCUUAAACGAUGAGAGAGAUGGAAAAGACAUUAUUUAAUACUUGCUUGCUCAAGUUAUAUUAAUUUAGAAGAAUAUUUGGAUCGUUUUAUACUAUAUAAGUCGUUUAAGAAACCAGACUUUUAAGUAUUCAGUAUGGUUCAACGUGCUAUCAAAUUUAGGCUCUAAAAUAGUGCCUCGUUACUAUAUAUUUAUGAAUCAUUUCAAAUGUAACGUGUUAUUUAUUUAGCAUAAUAUCUUAAUUCUAAGCUUUGAAGGCUUGAAGAUGAGAUAUAAAUAAUGUUCUUCCUAUAUAGAAAAGUUGUAAAUAAGAUACUAAUAUUAUUUUAUAAAAUGUUCCUUGAAGUUGCAAAAAUUAUAUAAAAUAUGAUUCGAAGUUUAUAAUGGCAUUUACAGGGCUUCACGAUGCUUAUAUAUUAUUUCAAAAUGUCUGUACUACACAAUUAACAAUUGGGUAGUUUCCUCAGUCAAAAAUAAAUUAUUUCGACUUUUCAAUACUUUCAAUAAAAUUAAUUUUCAAUACAAUAUAAUAAUUAAUUUCUAAAUAGGUCUGCUAUUUGACCUAAAAACCUGAUGACGCCAUACACUUAUAACACACACUGUUCCAUACACAAAUCAUAGAAAACAUAGUUUUUGAUGUUUCGAAAAUAAUAGUAUUAAAUUUGACUAGUAGGAAACUAGCCUGUUCUAAGUUAAUAGUAUGGUGCAAUAUGAUUUUCUGAUACUCUGAUUUACAUGGAUAUAAUAUUGUCAAGAUUUGUUAUAAAUAAAUAAGUGAAUGUAAUAAUCAUCAGGGAUUGUGAUAUAACGAUGUACAUACGUAAUAUGCCCAAUAUAAUUAUAAUAAUAAUUCAUUCCGACAUUAACAAAACAUUAAAUAAUAAAUUAAAUAUCCAAUAUCUUGCUGUUAUCGUAUCAACUAUCAAGUCGAUUGUUCCUUGAUACAAAAAUGAUAUUUUAUUUCUAACCAUAAAUUCCAAUUUGUGAUCAUUAGGUAUAUUGAAAAAACAAGGGAAACACUGUUGAGUUAAACCUAGGUCUAUCUCAAUGGUAAACACAAAAUGUUCAUUAGAUUAUUUUAAUCAAAAUUUUAACAUAAAACAAUAAAGUGUUCCAGUAUUUAAUAGCAUUGAAUAUGGGUCCUUCCUUGUAUCUUUACGCUGCGGUACAAAUUGAUUUGUGUACUUACAGAACUAUUUUUGAUUAGUACAGUUUACCAUAUUGUAAUUAUAAACAUAUUUUAGCAUUUAUGUAAAUGCAAUACUUAAGUAUUGUGAUUGAUAUAUUUUAUGCCAAUGUAUUCUAGUGUGCUAUAUUUGCGUAGUUGCUUCCAUUAUUUUAGUUAAUUGUUUUGCAUGAUUUUUUUAUUCUAACACUGUGUUAUGUGCGUGCUCAGACCGGCCAAUUAGGUGUAGAAAGUUUAAUAACAAACCUGUUGCCUAGCAACAGUCUUUAAACUAUGUUGCAGUUACACCGGUGCUAAUAGUUUUUAUAAACGUAAUUGGGCAACUGAUAUAUAAUAUUCUGUUGAUUACUUCGAUUUUAUUAUAAUUUGUAUAAUUUAAUAUUGAUUGAAAGUUUCCGAAUAUCAAAUAAUUAAUACUCGCUUUAAUUCACUGCCUGUAUUCCUAUACUAACUACGAUGCUCAUUACUCAAGAGAUGUAACUGAAGGCUGUGAAGCACUUAUUACAAGUUACACUAACUCUUUUGUUAAUUGUUAAUGUUAAGUCAUUAAUGAAUUGUGCUACCUGCCAAGUGUUACUAUUCAUUAAUGAGUUAAAAGGGAUUUUAGUCUCUUGUGAAUAAAGUUGUAUGUAAAUAUAUUA